UUGACGGAAAAAACGCGAUUUCACUUCCACUGCACUUCCUCUAAGCGAACUGGUUCUGGAGCCCUAAAAUGCUACAGUACUUCCGAUUGCUCUGCCUAUACCUGUCCCCUUGGUAGAUCAUCUUUGGGCAUACAUCCUCCCUGCUGCCGUCGCAGCGUAAUCCGCCCCGCCCCUCCCCUCUUUGUAGUUCUAAUCUCACUGUCUCUUACGUGCUUCUCAAUUCUUAUCAUGAUCAACACAGAUGGGUUCUAUCUCGUAUUGGGGUCCGUUUUCCUUCCUACAUCCAUAGACUUCCAGUGGUUGAGAUUCUAGCUCCAAUUCUGAAGCUACAGCACAUUUCUUCCCUUACUUUUUUUGUGGUUAUGUUUACAUAAAGGUCCAUGGAGGGUAUAGAACCUGAUAUAAAAAGCCAUCCACCAGAAUAUGAUGUGCAAAAUGAAGGUCAAACAUCUGGAGCAGCAACUGACACCGGACAGCAGAGUCAAAGCCCCAGGGCUUCUUCAAUUGCAGAUUGUGACAUGGUCUUUGAUACUGAGAAUGAGCGCGCAAGCCCAAAUAUUGGUCCUGUUGACCAAACUCAUAUGGGAAAUAAUGAUGAUUGUCUGAAUUCAAGCAUUUCUUGUGAUAACAAUUUUCAGAUUGAUGCUGCAAAUGGAAAUCUGUCUCAGGAAUUCAACAUUUCUUCUGUUGAUGUGUCAAGUAACAGUAAUGUCAUAACAGCUGAGGAGGAGCUGUGCAUGAUACCAAAAAUUGGCAUGGAGUUUGAUUCAGAAGACCAUGCUUACAAGUAUUAUAGCAGGUAUGCUGUUUUGAAAGGUUUCAGCAUAAGAAAAGAUUUUGUCAACAAAAGUAGGGUGAAUGGUGCGGUGGUAUCUAGAAGAUACACUUGCUAUAGACAGGGUUAUGGGCCUAAUAAACAUAGUGCCAAUGUAAGGAAAUCCCAUCUGGAAACAAGGACUGGAUGCCUGGCGCAUAUGACUAUUGCUCGUCAGCCUAAUGGCAAGUUUCAUGUCACUCAUUUUGAAGCAGGGCACAAUCAUGAGUUUGCAACACCCUGUACGGCUUAUAUGUUACCAUCACAGAGAAGAUUGAGUUUUGCUCAAGCAGUUGAAUCUAACUUGUCUAAUAAUUCUGUGUUGGAUGGGGUACCAAAACUUGGAAUGGGAUUUGACUCAGAAGAUCAUGCAUAUGACUUUUAUAAUACAUAUGCUGGACGUGUAGGUUUCAGUGUUCGGAAAGAUUAUGUAAAUAGAAGUAAAAUUGAUGGUGCUGUCGCAUCUAGGAGGUUCACAUGCUUUCGGGAAGGUUUUCGGCAGAAAGACAAACGUGAUAUGACUGUGAAGAGGCCUCGAAAAGAGACUAGAAUUGGAUGUUUAGCACAACUGGUCAUUUCUCGUCAGCCUGAUGGUAGAUAUUGUGUAACUCAUUUUGAAGAAAAGCAUAAUCAUGAGCUUGUUGCUGCUUGUAGAGUUCACAUGUUACGAUCACAGAAGAGAAUAGCCACAAAUCAAGCCAUUGAGAGCAACAUGCUAGAUGGUUCCAAGGUGCAUCCUAAGUCUGGACCAAAUUGCAAGGCUAUUAAAGGUUUAGAUGAUACGGGUUGUGACCCCAUAGAAUAUGGAAAUAAAUUGCCUUUCAAGCACACAAGAGAAAUGAAAGAGGGAGAAAUUGAAAAGCUAAAGCAUCACUUUCGAAGCAAGCGAUCCAAAAAUCCUUCCUUCUUUUAUGCCUUCCAACGUGAUUCUAGUGAUCAAAUAACUAAUAUGUUUUGGGCAGACACAAAGAUGGUAGGAGACUACUGUGAUUUUGGUGAUGUUGUUUGCUUUGAUUGUAGUUACAGAUUUUGUAGAGACUCCCGCCCAUUUGCUCCAUUUCUUGGUGUCAAUAAUCACAAGCAAAUGGUUAUCUUUGGGGCUGCACUUCUAUAUGAUGAAACAGUUGAAUCUUUCAAGUGGCUAUUUCAAGUUUUCUUGGAGGCAAUGUCCAGGAGACAGCCAAAGACAAUUCUUAUAGAUCAAGAUGAAAUAAUAGCUGAAGCAGUCUCUUCUGUCUUGCUUGAAACCAACUGCCAAAUCUGUGCUUGGCAUGUGUACCAAAAUACACUAAAUCAACUCAGUCACCUGUCUGUGGGAUCUAAUUCUUUUGUUAAUGACUUGAGAAGCUGUUUUUUUGAUCACGAGGAGGAGGAAGGCUUGGUUAAUGCAUGGAAUGAUUUCCUGAACAGGUAUAAUCUUUGGAAAAAUGAAUGGUUGUGUCGAAUAUAUGAAAGCAGAGACAAUUGGGCCCCAGCAUAUGGAAGGCAAAAUUUCUGUGCUGACAUAACAAGUCUGCUGUGGAAAGAAAAUCUUAUUGGUAGCUUGAAGAAGCACCUAACGAAUGAUACAGAUGUGAUCUCAUUUCUCAAGCAUCUUGGGAAGGUGGUGACUGAUUGGCACUAUAAGGAAUUAGAAGCCAAUUAUGAUAUGAGCCUGCGUAUGCCAGCACUGAUGGGAGAUGUGAUUCUUUUGAAGCAUGCAAGAGAUCCAUACACACCAAAGAUAUUUGAAUUAUUUCAGAAAGAAUAUGAAACUUGUUUAAAUCUAGUGAUAAAGCAUUGCAGUGAGAGUGGAUCAUUGUACAAGUAUAAAGUUAGCUUAUAUGAACACGUACGAGAGUAUACAGUUACCUUUAAUUCAUCUAACGAGACUGUCAGUUGCAGCUGUAUGAAAUUUGAGUCCAUGGGAGUCUUAUGCAGCCAUGCAUUGAAAGUCCUUGAUUACAGGAAUAUAAGGAUACUUCCAUCAUUGUACAUCUUAAAGAGAUGGACAAAAGACGCGAGUUUUUUGAGGCAAACUUGAAAACACCAAUAGAAGUGAAUGGUGAACAUUAUCUUCCUAAGGUGAUAAUCACAUGAUAGGGCAUUAUCAUUAGUUACAAGGAAUCAUUUUGUUUGGCUACAUUACCUUCAAAUGUAAAACGAGCAGCCAUGUGACUGGCAUGUGUAUAGUGUAACAUUGUCUCCCUGAAUUGGUGAUUACGCACGUAUCAUAUGAAUAAAUCAUGCCCUCGAUUGUUGAUCUUAUCAGGGUUCGGAGUUCUUUAUGCAUUCCCUUGGUUGUGAAGAAGCAGUUUUUUCUUCCCUUACAUAUUCUUCAAAAGCAAAUAAUGUCAAUUGACGGUUUUUCUUUUUGUCAUUUAGAAUUGAAAUUGGCUUCAUGGAA